UUAAUAUUUCUGAUAUUGUGUUAGCCUCUGUCAUGCUUGAACUUGACAUUUCUUGUUGUUUUACCUGGAAACUAAAGCUCAACUUUUCUCUUCUGGUUCUGUUCAGAGAUUCCUUCCCUACUUUCUGUGGAGAACAUAGUGGCAGUGUAUCUGAGCCGGCCAAGAAACGCUGCACACUAGGCCCAGGUGAUCUUCAGAGGGUAGCUACAGAGGUUUGUGACACCAUCUUGGACCAUGCAAAAGAGAGGUUCUCCUUCACCAAACAUCUGAUCAGUGCUACACUGCUACAAGCAGACAGAUUACAACAGUACAACAGCCAGUUCCCUGAAGCAGCACUGAAUACCACCAUGGAGGCUUACCCUCUUCUGAACAAAGGAAAGUUGAAAACUGAACUGGCCCUCAUCUACAGCAAUGAUGAGUUCAAGAGCUGCACUGGUGCUGUGGCUCUAUACCACCUUUUCAUGAGGAACAAUCUUCAGGACAUCUUCUCAGAGACUGUGGCUCUGCUGAAGAUCAUCAUCACAACUCCUAUGACUACAGCUGAAUCUGAACGGUGCUUCUCAACACUGAAGAGAAUCAAGACCUUCCUCAGGAACACAAUGGCACAGGAUCGUCUCAAUGCAUUGGCCAUGCCCUCUAUGGAAAAGAAACUUGUCAAAACAAUCCCUGACUUUAACCAUAGAGUCAUUGAGAAAUUUGCUUCUCUCAAGGAUAGAAGGGCAAAAUUCAUGUACCAAAAGUAAAGCACUACAUGUCACUGUAAUGUUGCUUUUGUUGUUUUCAGUUAUUUAAAUACAGUGAUACUAUAUUAGAUUAUUUGCAUGCUUUUUUUGAAUAUAUGUAUGUUUUGGAGUUUGGUAUAG